UUGUUGCACAAUAGCCCAGGUUUCCCCUUUAGCUCUUUUUAUACAACCAACCUUACCGUCUGUUGGAACGCAUCUUGCGUUUGGAUUACAGCCCCGAUGGAUCUAUCACCUCCAUCCUUGACCAGGUCAUCGGCAUCACCUCCAAGUACAAAUUGCUCCGACAGCCCUACUCUGGAUUAUCCCUCACCGGAAUUUGUCGACCCAAUCUACAAGAUCGCUUCCAUGUUUGAGCACUCUUGCGCAACCAUGUCUUCCCAUAUGGGUUCCGAACACUCGCUCCCGCCCCUUGAUGCUAUGACCUCGGCCGGCUGGAGUGGGACUACCGUGAUGCACCACCCUAGCUCAACGUCAACGGCGCCGCACAUGUCGUCGGCCGACUAUGAUCCUUUCGCUCAUUACGAACCUAGCAAUAUGCACGCAUCGUACAGUCAUGAAUUAUACCCGUCUCAUCCUGCUCAGGUACCCGUGCUUUCAAAUAGCGGCACUUCUCCUCCAAUGUCUUCAGCUUCUCGAUCGCCAGACCCGUCAUCGAGACAUGCUUUCAGCUACUCCCACAGCGUCUCGCCGAUACCGCGGAUCAAGAUGGAGAGUGCUGGCGCUCCCGACUAUUCUGGAGCUGAACUAACACAGUAUCCUUCUCCUCGUUCCGCUCACUCGCUGCCUCUGGAACAUAACAGCUACGGGUCGACUGCCGGUAGUUCGGGCUACUUAUCUGAUGUCCCUUCAGGAUCGUGGCCUAGGGCCGAAUACCCUUCGCUCGAGACAGAACAGUACUACGCCGGACCUAACGGGCCCGCGGCGGCAGCUUUCCACGACAGGCGGCAGCUACGUGUGCCGAGGGCGACGAGGAGGCAGCCUCGAAAACUGACGACCAAGGAAGAGGCCAACUUUCAAUGCGAGGUUAAAGGGUGCGGCAAGCUGUUCAGCAGGAGCUACAACUUUAAGGCGCACAUGGAAACUCACGACGAGAAGAGAGAAUAUCCUUUCCCCUGCACGGUUCCGGACUGCAACAAGAAAUUUGUGCGGAAGACGGAUCUGCAAAGGCACAACCAGAGCGUUCAUAUGAAGGAGAAGAACCACAGGUGUGAUUACUGCGGUCGAAUGUUUGCGCGAAAAGAUACCCUUCGAAGGCACAUGGAAGAUGGUUGUUCCAAGCGCUUCGAUUUGGGCACAUUAGACUUGCGCGCCGACGGCUACGACACCUAUCCGGCGCCGACUCGGACGCUCGGCAGCACGCCGGGGCACCUAGUCGCUCCCGCCGCUCAACUACCGCCCAUGACGAUGUCCCAGGCCGGUAACAGUAACCUCCUAGCAUCUAUGUCUUUUACGAAGAGAUGAUAUAUUAGGUACCUACCUAACCUAAGGUACCUUAUAACCUUAACUCGACCAUGAUGACGAUUACGAACGGGGUUUGGACGAACGCGGGAGGGGGAAUAGGUGUGACGGGAGAUUCAACAACAACAUUAUUCUUUCUUCAUUUCUUACUACUUACUACCUACUCACUUGUACGCAUAUCCCUGGGUGUUACCGGAGUUCAGUUCUUACGGGGGAAAACGGGCCAUAGAACUAUUUUACCCCCAGGGCGGAAUCUUUUUCUAUCAUAUCCAGCAUGCUAUAACUUUUUUUUUUCCAUCAUUCACAAUUUCUUCUUCUUUUCUCUUCUUCUACUUUUAUUUUUAUCGUCUUAUUUUUCUUGUAUUACUAGUUAGCAUCAUGGAGAGGUUCAUUCCCAAAGCCUGUUUAAUAAGGCUGGGAAAAAAACAAACCAAGGCGUUCAGGGGACAAUUUCUGGGCAUAGUUAUGUC